UAUACUCUUUGGUCAGGAAGAAAAAGUUAAUUGAUUGUGCUAACUGCUAUCACCUACGUUUUCAAUAAUUCCAAACAAAUAAAUAAAAUAAGUUAGUAGUUGAGUCUCAACUAUGUUUACAUUGUAAAAAUAAAGUACUUAUUUUGUUCCGUCUUUAAAAAUCCAUUUCAUUUAAAAAUGGCUACCGUUUUCGAUAGUCCUUUCAUUCGACAACGUUUGCAUCGUCUGCGGCAUCGUGAUUUUGACUUGGAUGAAGAUCAGAGAUUUGGCCGAUGCGAUUGCACGAGCUAUUCAUAUUUUGUACUUUCCAUGGUCUUAUUUUCUGUGGGAACGGUUAUAACAGUUUUAGCACUGGGCGACGCUGACGGAUACAUUUUGAGUAAUUUGGGGCACAUGUGGCUUGUAGGCCCUAUAUUUAUAUGUUCCGGAAUGAUGGUAGCCGUAAAGAGCAUGUUAUAUUUGCGAAGGAAAAGUGUUAUACAAAUGCUGCUUCACCAGAGAGCGAUUAUCAGGGAUAUGGCCAGUGCCCAAGCAGAACAAGCAUACAGUGGUCAAGUGCCUCGAACAGCAUCCAGUGCUACCCUACCGCCUUCAUAUGAUGCACUUAUUUCAAGUACUUCUGCUAAACCACAACCGUCCAGUUCAGAGCCUCCACCUCCUACAUAUGAUGAAGCAAUGUACCUGAUUGAUGAUGGAAAAUAUAGUUUAGAAAAUAAAGGUACAGACAGCUCUAAAGAGGAAACUAGUGCACAAACAGGUUCUAACAAUGAUGUUAGUAAACUGUGAAAACAUUAUGUAAGCUAUUUAAUUGCAGCUUAAGCUGUGCAAGUGAAACUUAAUUCUUCCCUUUGUACUUAUAUUUUCUGUGUGCUUAGUCAACAUUUUUAUAGUAUUCUCAGAUGUGCCUAAACUAUUGACUUGUUGGCAAUAUUGUUACUGGUGUCGUUAAUUUAAAAUUGUAAGGUAGUGUAGGUUAAGUUGUACUUGUGAUUUAACACUUCAUUUUGACUGACUUGUAAGUCUGUCUCUUAAGGCUCAGUUUACAUAGGGAUGGCAGCGAUGCAAUGUGGCCAACAGCCGGUCAUGGCAGAUUUGUGUUGCUGCAAGAGGUCGCGCAUGGCCCAGUGGGCAGGACAGCUAAAAAGUUGCAAGGCUGAUAUUAGGCUAUUACGCUGGAAGUGCUCACCGCGCUGCUGCCGGCCGCUGCUAUCCUCGUGUCAAUUAAUGAGACUAAAUGCGUUAAUAUUAGGUUAUUUAAUAAGAUGUAACUUUGUUUCUUUUAGGGCUUGCUUUUCGAAUAAAUCGUCUCAUAAAAAGUACCUACAGAACUAUCUCAAUAUAUUAUAAUACUUUAGGUAUCAACGAUGAUAGUUAUAUAGCAAGUAGUAUUCACAUUCAGGUCAUUCUUUAAACAAUAUCAUAAAUCAUAAAAGGAAAAUGACUAUUAUAUUUAUUAAAAAAAAGUUACAAAAAGCCAGCAAACAAGAAAAGGAAUAGGUAAUUUAAAUUCUGCUAUAAUUUUUAGAUUAUCAGUGCCUUUUUGCGUCAAUUCACUUCAAAAUUAAAAUGUUUAGUUUUAUUUAUCUGUUAGCCCUAAGUUAUACCCAGUGUAAAAUAUAAUCAAACUGAAUAAUGUAUAGAUUGAAAACUGUCUUAGAUGCAUUUUACCUAUUAUAAGCAAGAUAAUAGAGAUGAAUUUAAUUGAUGUAUUAUUAUUCCAUGUGUGCAAUUUCUGUCUAAGGUAAUUUGCAUUUGUAAACAGUGUUUUUUUUUUCAACAUCUUAAUAUUACAAGCUGUAUAUAUAGGUUCCUAUGCGCGCAAAGUAAUCUUGAUAUACAUAUAUGUAUUAGGUCACUAGGUCAUGUAUAUAAUAUAAUAUGUAUGUAUGUAUAUAAUAUACUGCUAUGAGAUAGUAACAGCUGAGUAUUCUGAAUAAUCAAGAGUUAUCUAAGACUUUGUAUGUCUAUGUUCCAUGAAAAUCAAAGCUUUUGCUAUCUUAUCAAGCAAACAUACAAUACAUUACAAAUAAAAAGGUAUAAGGAUACAAUUUUAUUAUUAUCAUAAUUGUGAUCAGGAAUAUGCACUUAAUUAUUGUAAAGACUGAAGCAUUUACACUUUACAUUGUUGGCAAUUUAUAAGGAAACAUUACUUUUAUUGUACAAUAUAAUGUUGAUCUGAGUUGAGAUAUUAAUUCAAAGUAUGUAGAUGAUUAUAACUAUAUUUAAAAAAGAAAUUCUUUCCCAUUGUGAUUUUUUUAUAUCCAUCUAGAAUAGUUUUAUUAUAUCAGGGGUUUUACACUUUUUGUUUUUAUUAAUCAGUGUAUAUUACAAAUGACUGCACUGUAAUUAAGUUACUAUUUAAAUAACAUGUAUUAUUGCUAAUUUAUUACAUUUUUGUAAACAUUUUAUCUAAUUAGGUAUGAUCAAUUUUUUCAAUUGGCAUUUCCAAGGCAGUUUAAGGGCGUUUAUGCACUCAUUCCUAUUCAAUUGGUAUUAGUUUUCGUAAAAAUCCACCAAAUAUGACUGUGUGCACACACAUGCGUACGUUUUGUAUGGUGGCCACUUUUAAAUGUAUUUUUACGAAAACGAAUAAAUAGAAUACGAUUCAGUGCACAAACGCCCUAUGGCCAAAAAUUCUUUGGGAAACUUAUGUUUUAAGACCUGAAAUGAGUGAUUUGUGAAAAACUUAAAUUUUACUUUUUAAGUAAGUCAUUUUUUGUUAUGCUUAGUCUAUUUGAAGGUAUGCACAGUUUAGUUAGCUCACAACCUCCCCUGUGCCUAUACCCUGAAAUAAAACAUUUACUUUCUGAA